GAAGAUACCAUAAUACCGUGUACCAUCGCGCAUAGUGAAACCGAGUGAGGCGAGGUUAGACCUCAGCCCUUGUUUAGAGGUGGGAGAUGAGCAACCACGGGCUGUUGGUCUUUGGUUCUAUGAGAUGGUUUGUGGAGGCGGGCUGUGGCGGUGAAGGAGGUUCUCCUGUAUGAGGGACAGGGAGACGGAGGUGCGACGUGGAAACCCGCAGAGCCGUGUCUAUUUCCUGAAGUAAACAAAUGAAGUUGCGGUGAAACAAUGAGAGGAGACUUUCAGUUUUCAGAGCAAUCUGAUCUGCUGACAUGAAAUGAGACUCGGCUAACGGAGUUAGAACUUGAAGGAAAAUUCCGUCGCCAUGGACGAGGGACUGACUAUUACUUGUAUAUCUGUAGCGAUGUUUGUGGGCACCUUCCUACUAGGAUUCAUCCCACUGUUGUUCCGACUCUCUGAGAAAAGCCUGCAGUUUGUGUCCAUCCUGGGGGCGGGUCUGCUGUGCGGCACAGCACUGGCCAUCACCAUCCCAGAGGGUGUGGGCUUACUGGAGGAUUCGUGGAGCGAGUCCUCCUCUGACGCUCCAUCUGGCCUGAAUGCUAGUAAAAAAACUGCACCUUCCACUAAAGGAAGCGCCCCACCUCGCUUUUAUAUCAGCGUGGCUUUGACGUUCGGGUUUACCUUCAUGUUUGUUGUUGAUCAGAUUGGAGGAUACAUUUCCACACGUGGUCAAGCAGCACAUUUGUUGAAUAAGAAACACAUCACAGCCACUCUGGGGCUGGUUAUCCAUGCUGCAGCUGAUGGAUUUGCUCUAGGCGCUGCCGUCGCCACAGGUCAAGCCACCGUACAAGUGAUUGUUUUUUUUGCGGUCAUUUUACACAAGGCUCCUGCUGCUUUUGGUUUGGUUUCUUUCCUGAUGCAUUCAGGCCUUGAGAAGAAAGACAUUCAGGGACAUUUACUGGCCUUCUCAGCAGCUGCGCCCAUAGUCUCUAUCAGCACUUACUUCAUACUGCAGGCGACUGGAAGUUCCUCUCAUAACCAGAUGAGUGCAACAGGAGUGGGAAUGCUGUUCUCGGCAGGGACUUUUCUUUAUGUUGCCACGGUGCACGUUCUUCCUGAGAUCAGCAGUAGCAGCACAGCAGAAUCACUCUCUAACCUGCAAGAGGAAACAGGAGCAGAAACACACAAGACAAGAUAUCUGGGGCUCCUGGAGAGCCUCACCCUCAUCCUUGGUGUGGGGCUCCCAGUCAUAUUGGCCCUCAGCUUGCACGAUGACUGACAGAGAGUUUACUUCGAAGGAUGCAGAAUAGUACUUCCAAAACAAGUGCUUUUUGUUUACUUGUACUGGAAACUCAGCUGAGGGAUAGCGGCGUAUAAAAUAUCCAAAUCCUUUCAAAACCUGAAAAGCUUUGUUGAUCCAAGAACAAUGGCAGUGCUCAAGGCUUAGGUCAGUAUGAACCAGAACCACGCCCAUGAGGAACAAUCUAACGAUGAGAUAUGUGGAUGGGUUUUCCUUCAUUCUGCAAAAUACUACAUCCUACCAAGUAUUUUUGGUCUAGCUUCUACUGGAAAUAUCUUUUUACACUUGAAAUAAGACAAAACUAACAUACAAGUAACUUUAGAGCAAGAUAGGGGAGGUGGUUAUAAGUCAGUAAUUUCUUAAUAUCGAUGGAAAAGUACUGCCAGUUGAACAAAACAUUAAAAUGUCUAGAUAUAUCUAGUACUUUCCAUCAGUAUUAAAGAAUUAUUGACUUAAAAUAAGUUCAUUUAUUGUGCUUAAAAGUUGCUUGUAAGUUAGUUUUGUCUUAUUUCAAAUGUACUAAGAUAUUUCCAGUAGAAACUAGACCAAAAAUACUUGGUAAGAUGUAGUAUUUUUGCAGUGAAGACAGAAUGAAGAAAAACUUGUCCACAUUUCUCAGCGUUAGGUUGUUCCUCAUGAGUGUGCUUCUGGCUCAUACUAACCUAACCCUUGACAACUCCCAUUGUUCUUGGAUCAACAAAGCUCUUCAGGUUUUGAAAGGACUUGGAUACUUUAUACACCACUAUCCCUCAGCUGAGUUUCCAGUACACGUAAACAAAAAGAGGGACAUUUGUUAUUUGUUACGAAGCUGUAUAAUUUUUUAAAAAUGAAACCGUGGUCAGGGGGUAGAUUUACAAGAAGAACAAGAUAAUAAAUUGAUACUGUCAUGUGCACAGUAUGCGACCUAGUUUGCACAGUUUGUACUAGUUUUGUGUUUAUUACUAAGAGUUUGACAGGAAAAAGUGCAAGUUGGAGAAUCAGAGAGAAACAUUCCUCCUCAUGAUUCCUCAGAAACAGACUCAUUGUCUUUUAUUUCUUGUCUUGGCCGAAAUGCCAAAUGUGACACCUGAACUACGUAAAACCGUUUUUUUGGAGCCAUAUUAUUUUAUAACUUAAUGUUUUCAAUAGUGGCUGUUUGAUUUAUUUUUAAGAAUGUAUUUUAAAAGUUUGGCUCUAUAAAGCUGUCUCUACUUAAAAUGUGCAAUAAUCGUUAAAAUAAACUGCAACACCAUAAAUUUCACACUGAAAA